CGCGCGCGAUCGCUGGGCGGUUCUUCGAGCGUGUUCCAACUUGAUUCUCUGCUGUCCGUACUUCGCUCGUCUUCAUGUCGUGAAUCAGCCCCUCUUAUUCUCGAGCGAUGAACAAUGGAUCAAAAAACUCAGAGGCUUUUCGGUCAGUAUGUUCAAACGGUUAGAUCUUACUAAUUUUCUCUCUCAGCACGAGAUCAAAACUGGAGUGUAUCAUUUUUCCAGCUACCGAGCCAAGGCUUGUGCGUAUCCAACCCCCCAACAUUGGCUCUUCCACCAUCACAAACUCUGUAAGUGUUAUGUUUUUAAGUUUUUUGUCUUCUUCUUCUGUUUUUGUUUAAUUGAACACUUAACUUUUGAUCUCCAAAAGCAUAGAAGUAGUUUUAUUGUAAAGUGUAAUUUGAGAUGUUUCUUUUCUCUCCAGUCCAAGUCGCUUUUCCAACAUGAUUACUCGACCAAAUCAAACCUUAGUCACCGUGUGCCCCUCAAGCCACUAAACAUCAACAACUCAAACACUACUCCUAGUAAAAUAAGUGCCAAUAUAAGCUACUCUAACUCUUGUCCCAACAAAAUCUAUGUGCCAUAUUCAAUACAGUCAUCUGCUCCACCUCAAGUUGUGUCUAUAAAUCCUCGCCAUUUACCAUUCAAGCUUCUUAAUAGCAGUAACAAUGCAAAUACAACUGUUCCUUUGGCUAGGGUGAAUAACAUAAACUGCUCAACCAUAUCUGUAAGUAACAUUUUUUAUUGCACCUGGAAGCCUCUUUUUAAUUUGGCUUUGCGUUUGUGUUUUUAAAUAAGCGAGCACCUGUAACAUUUGCUUUUUAAUUUCCAGCUUGCCAAUAGCAGCAUUCUUCCUCUCAAGUCUUUACCUAAUAUUCAAGUGGUGACUAACUCUGCUGCUGUAAUUACUGCUGCUCCUGCU